AUGGCAAAUAUCAAUGAGAUACACAAUUUGGGUACAGAAGUAUGGGAAAUUGAUGAGCUUAUAUAUAAUGCAAGGGAAUUUGAGUCAGAGAAAGAAAAUGAAGAUCAACCUUCGGAAGAAAAUGAAGUCCAAGAACAAAAUGAAGACCAAAGAGAAGAUAAUAACGAAUAUAUUACUGAUUAUCAAGAAGAUAUUUCUCUCAAACCAUAUGUUGGCAUGGUGUUUGAUUCUGUGGAUGAGGCUUGCGAAUUUUAUAAUAGCUAUGCAUACAGAAAAGGGUUCAGUGUGAGAAAAGGUGCAAUAAGAAAAUCUGAGAAAGAUGGUAGUAUUAUUGGCCGGCGUUUGUAUUGCUCUAAAGAAGGUUAUAGAGAAGAAAGAUUUAAGAAGAAUGAAGCCAACAAGAAGAAACAUCGGGGUGAAACACGCUGUGGUUGCAAUGCUAGACUUUUGGUAAAUAAAGGCAUAGAUGGAUCAUGGAUUGUUUCCAUGUUUGUUGAGGAGCACAAUCACAUAUUAGCAACUCCAAGAAAAUGCCAUCUUUUGCCAUCACAUAGAAGAAUUGAUGAAAGUCAAAGAGGGUUGAUUGAUAAAAUGAGUCAAUCAGGCAUCAGAACCAAUCUUAUGAUGAAGUACUUUUCAGAAGAAUCUCAAGGAAGCCAAAAUGUUGGAUUCAUAGAGUUAGAUGCAAGAAAUUAUUUGCGCACUAGAAGAAAAUUAGAAUUUUCUGUUGGAGAUUCACAACGGUUGUUAGAUUACAUGAAUUCAAUGCAAAUAAAGAACCCUCACUUUUUUUAUGCAAUCCAACUAAAUGUGGAUGGAAAAUUGACAAGCAUAUUUUGGUGUGAUGCAAGGUGUCGAAUGGAUUAUAGCUACUUUGGAGAUGUAAUAUGCUUGGAUCCAACUUAUGGAACAAAUAAAUAUGGAAUGCCAUUUAUUCCAAUUAUUUUGAAAAAGUGGAAUGAAUUACUUGCUAAAUAUGAUUUGAAAGAAAAUGAUUGGAUGUUGAGAAUGUAUAGGAAGCGACAACAGUGGGUUCCUGUAUACUCGCGUGAUUAUUUUUGUGCAGAUAUGUCCACCACUCAACGAAGUGAAAGCAUAAACAAAUUUUUCAAGGGGUUUUUGAGCAGGAAAAUGAUGUUAAUGGAUUUUGUUCAAGGUGUUGAGAAGGCACUAAUCAGACGUCGAGAGAAAGAAAUUGAAGCUGACUUCAAAAUGAAUAAUGUGCAUCCAUCUUUAAUGCUCCAUAUGCCCAUUGAAGAAGAAGCAAGUAAAUUAUACACACCAGCCAUGUUUGCAAAAUUCCAAGAAGAAUUACUUGGUAGUCUUCGUUACAAGUGUGAAAAAAUUGAAGAGAAUGAAGGGCUAUUAUGUCGUCACAUACUUAAGGUAUUCAUUGUGGCUAAUGUGGAUAAUAUUCCAAGAGAAUACAUGUUAAAACGUUGGACAAGAGAUGCAAAAUAUGGGAAGGUUUUUGAUGAAAAUGACCAAUAUAUAGAAGAAGACUGUCAAGCUCAUUUAACACUCAGAUACAGUAGUCUUUCACAUGAAGCAUCAGACAUUGCAACCAAGGGUUCUUGCUCUAUUGAAGUUUAUAAAGUGGCUAUGCAUUGGUUGAGGAGGACAAGGGAAGAGGUUGAGAAGGCAAUUAAAAUGCAAAACAUUGAAAUUCCAAAUAGCAACAAUGGAGAGGGAUCAUCACAACAAGCAAUUACAUCAACUGAAGUAACAAUCCAUGACCCUCCACUAGCAAAAUGUAAAGGAAAUGGCAAAAGGAAGAAAGCAUUUUGGGAGAAAAAUCACAAGAAGAGGAAGUCCAAAGUUGUCGAUGAUGGACUUAAGGGACUUGCAUUGAAUGGUCAAGAACUAUUAGGGCAAGCCAUGAGAGUAGAUCUUGCCAAUGAUAGUGUUUCUUAUCCACCAACAAUGGGUAAGAAGAUUAACUAUUAUUGA